AAUGAGCAAGCCGUUGCUUGAAGACUACCUGGACUUUAUCGAGCGGCUCCGUGGACCGUCCCCACUCCUGCGAUCGCUGACUUUGAGAGCAGAGCGCCUCCCGGCCGCAUAUCGGCAGGUCGUACCUUCAACCAACUGGGGCAUCCUCGAAGACAAACCCCCACGACUUCGCGUCCUGAAGCUCGCAUGCAUCACGCCUGAUUUCCACAACAUCGCCAUCUUUCGCAACCUGUGCGAGUUGGCCGUCGUCGACCUCGAGCAUGACCUGCCUCACAUCGCAAGACUCGGCCUCGGCGGCAGCCUAGGACCAGAUGACGGAAUCAACGUCUCCCCCUCCUUCCUCUCAACCCUAGCCAGCUGCAAUCUCUACUUUUCAGGUCGUUUUUCCGGCUCCAACCCCAUUAAUGACGCCGGGCUGGUAGCGUGGUUCCGCCGAUGGACGGAUAAAGACUACCUGAGCACGUCCUUUCAUGCAUGCCUCGACGCCCGCAGGAUUACCAUGCACAACCAGUCGGGCCCGCCGCCCUGGCGCGGGUCGUGGUUCCGCAUCUCGUUCGAACACCGGCCUCCGCGCCUUGCAACCCUCCGUCGUCGAGCGCUACUCAUGAUGUAUAUUUUUGGCUUGCUUAUGGAGUUGUUGGAGAAGAGCAUUGUGCGGACGGAAGACCUGACAAUCUGGGCUGGUGGGCAUGUGUGCGCGUUGCCCUAUGACGCAUUUGUUCCUCACUUCAAGUCCGCGAAGAGGUUGCGUCUGGCCGUAAGGGGUGGGGAUCGGGACCGCGUCGUUGCGGAGCUUAUGCAGAGCUUAUUUGGUGCGCUCUCCUUCACUUCUUUACCCAUCUCUCCUGAUUUCCAAGGGUUGGUUUA